AUGGCGUCGCCGUCAAACUCGAACGGUAUUAGGUUCGUCCCCGAGAACCAAGCGAAAGAGCCCCAAUCUUUCAAGUUCAGAUUCUCCUACGACUACAUCCAAUCGAAAUGGGGUAUAUAUACGAUUGUACAAAUGUUGAGCAGCUUCAUCACUUUUGUGGUGGCGGCAUCCUCCAGAACGCACAAAUACGAAGUAACGGAUCUCGUGAUUUACGUGGCACCGAAGGCUACCUUUCUUUUUGCUCUCAUGAACUCUUUCUGCUUCUUCUACGUGGACUUCCUCAUGAUUCUCGCAGCGACACUCUCGGAAUUCGACGCUUCGUCCGUGCAGCAAUCGUCAUUUUACAUGCUCGCGACGUUCUCGACUGCCGUCUUCAAUAUGAGUGCUUCGAUCGCCAUAUUCACUACUUACCCGGAGACUGUUCUCAAUUUGGUCAUAGCGAGUGCGGCACUCACAACUGGCUUGAUUUACGCAAUCCGGUGUCUAAUGAUCUCGCUGAAGCUCAUCCGCCUCCAUCGGAUCGGCUGAUCUCGCUCCGCGCAGGGACAUGGAGCAUCUGAAAACAUAUGAGUCUCUCGGAUGAUUCGGGAACACGAGAUUCCUUCUUGAUGAAUUCCGAAGAUUGCGCAUGAUCAUGCAUUGAAGCGAGCGAUCCGCCGAAAAACGAUGCGAUUCUGGAAUCGGAGACAGUUUUCGUAGAAGAAUACCCUCUCGACAUCUCACGCCCCGUCCUGUCGCGAACAGAAUCAGCUCCUCUCAAUUGAGGCAGAAAAUGUGAACUGCCGAAAAGCAAGACGAGUGGUAUCCAAAAACCGCCAUCCUUCGAAGAAUCCUCCGCACGUUCUUCCGCCGACCCGGGUUUCUCCAACAGAAUGGACCAGGGGAGACCUUCGAAGCAUGAGUGGAUGUCUGAGCCCCAUCUGACUGAUGAGGUACAAGGAUGUUGUAUUCGAUUCGGCGCCUUGGCUCACGGAAGACCGUCGGGAUUCACGUCGGAGCGAUCACGGUAUCAACCCAUUGAUCGGGGCGGUGAUCGAGCAAUCGCGUAGAGAUUCCUGCCUUGAGCUAGACCGAAAUAGAAUGAACACUUU